CUGGCAAGGCGCGGCGGCGCCGUCGUGGUGGUCGGCGACGAGGGGCUCGGCUGGUGCACCCUCGAGCCUGCGCUCCAGCACUGCCUCCUCCGCCAGCGCCGUCGCGGAAGCCUUGGGUGGAGCACCUGCUCCUACAGAACUGCGUCGACAUCACAUCUCCGCGAGCGCGAUUGCCUGCAACGAGCGUCGCCUGGCCCUCCAAUUACGUCCACGUUUCAGAUAAGUUUGUAUAAUUAUUUUUUGUAAUUUACUUAAUGACGUCCAUGUUCCAAUUUUUUUUUGUAUGAAUACUAAACGAAUCUUCCGAUUUGCUCCUAUAGGAAAUGAAUUUGUCUACUUGAUGUAAGGGAAUGAAAAUGGAAAGAAUAUUUGAUACCUUCGUAAAUACAGCUAAUUGUGCUUUUCCGUAAAAAUGCAGUACAAGAGAAAAUACUCGCAAUGUGGUGAAGGAGAAACUAUGUGCUGCACAUGAACCUGUAUGUGGUGAAUGUGAACACGGAUGUGACAUGUGUGAACCUGGAUGUUUAUGGUACUUGUAGAUGUUUUGCGAUCUAUUCUCCAUGUAGGUAUGAACUGUGUGCGGGGAUAUGGAAUCAACUUACAGGGGAGUUUUUUUUCCCAACUUUUGAGCAUUUUGAAUUAAAAUCUGAUGACGAAGUUUUUCAAUUGAAGUCCAUGAACAAAUAUGUCACAGUAUUUUUGCUUGUCUUUAAAAAAUUGGCCACAUAGUGCACCAGGGUCAAAAGUGUCUUUUCAUGUUGUUGUUUAACACUGUUAGUGCUCAAAAUGAACUAGUGCUAUAUUAGGCAACAAAUUCUGACCAAGUGUCAAAUAGGGUUUGGUAGGGUUGAAUAAGGAUUUCUCUCUCCAGUCCCCCAAUCCAAUAGCGACCGAGGGGUGAGGGCGACAUGAGCCGCCGCCGCCGCCCACCCUUGCCGUUGUCGCCGGAAGUGGUGCAUCCGCUGGAUGUCGACGAUCUCCUCCAUGAGAUCAUGCUGCGCCUCCCACCGCAGCCGCCCUACCUCCUGCGUGCGUCCACCGUCUCCAAGCGCUGGCGAAGCCUUGCCACCGACCCCAAGUUCCUCCGCCGCUUCCCCAUCCACCACCAAAAGCCGCCCCUUCUAGGCGUCUUCUCAUGUACUAGGGGCGGCAUGUCGUUCAGUUCCACUCUGGACCCGCCCUACCGCAUCCCUCCUGAGCGCUUCUCCAUGCGCCCACGUAUCAGAUCCAGCCAGAUGUGCCUCGACGUCCGCCACGGACGCGUGCUCAUCAACGACGACAUGCGGAGUCGGGUAAUUGUGUGGGACCCCAUCACUGGUGACCGCCGCGUUGUGGCCUUUCCGCCGCAGUUCAGCCACAUGGGGAUACACAGUGGGGCGGUGCUCUGCGCCGCCGGCGACCGGGGGCACGUGCAUGGCGCCUGCCACUCAAGCCCUUUUAAAGUGGUUGCGAUCAUCAGCAACGAGCACGACGAUGAUCUUUCGGAUGAAGAUGAUGAUUAUGAACCAGAAGUAUUGGCUAGUGUUUACUCCUCCGAGACUGACAUGUGGAGCGAUCUCAUCUCAACAGGUUUUCUGGGCAGGGGUAUUGACAUCUCUCUUCGCAGCACACUUGUUGGUAACACCCUUUACUGGCUGCUGGAAAGCACUUUCAUGCUUAAGUUUGAUUUGGAGGCACAGAGAGCAGCUGUGACCGGGAGGUUUGCUGGUGCUCCUCGCGGUGGCAAUCUUCAGAUCAUCCAGGCAGAGGAUGGCACUGUUGGCUUUGCUGCUUUGUGCGACUUCCAUUACCGCCGCUGCUUGGAAAUCUGGGACAGGAAGAUUGAUUCUUAUGGAUUUCCCACGGGCGUGUUGCGGAAGACUGUUGAACUGCAGAAGAUUCUUGGAUUGGAGUCUAGGAUUGAUGGCAAAUCAUAUAUACUGCACUAUAUGGAGGAUGUUCAGGCAAUCUUAUUGCAGGUGCACUCAUCUGUCUACAUGAUUCAGCUUGAAUCAUUGCAGCCUAAGAAACUUUUCGAAAUCACAGAUAAUUGCAUCUAUCGUCCUUUCACAAGUUUCUAUGCCGAAGAGGUGCCAUUAGCAGUUUGAAGCAGGAGCAGCUUAUCUCUGGAUGAUGUGCGCAGCCUGGGAUGCGACUGAAGUCUGAUUAUGUCAAUGUGUAUGGCUACAUGUACUGCAGCUGUCCUGUG